AUGUCCUCCCUCAACCCGUACAACCUCUCCACCCCUUCGACCAGCUCAAGUCCCGUCGUCUCAGCCUCAGCGUACCUCUCCCAAGCCCCGAGCUCAUCCACGACCGACACUUACUCGCGCGACGAGGUGCGAAGGUUGGUGUUGGAGUAUCUGUGUAGUGGGUGUUAUGCGAGGAGUGCGAAAGCUUUUGCGGAGGAGGUGGAGAGGAGGGAUAGGGAGGACGAAGACGAGGAUGGCCAGUCCUCCGGGACGACGGCUCGUGCGGGAGGGGGAGGAUCAAGAACACAGAGGAGUAAUCACAAGCCAAGACAGGACGACAAUGGGAUGGAAGGCAUCGAAGCCACGCCCGAACCAGAAGGAUGGAGAGCGACCGCACCCACAGGAGCAGGCGUCGACGUCGAUUUCGAAUCCGACGAAAGCAAGGAGGCGAUCGAGGUCCAUCGUGCGUUGAGGGGGCAUACGGCCGAGCUACAGAAUGGCAGUCGAGCGGUCGGGGAGACGAAUGGGAAGGCUGUGGCGUUUGAGUUGACGAGGGACGAGUUUGAUCGGCAUGGUGGGGAGGAGCAUGGGCAACCCGAGAUCGACGCUGACGACGAGCACGAUCGCGACGAGGUCGAGCUCGAUCGAUUUGCCGGCAACAAGUGGUUGAGCCAGGAUCAGCUUGAUCAGGUCAGACUGAGAAGAGGUGCGUGCCUAUGUUUGGGUCUCGUGCUGCCUGUGUGCGUGUGCCGAACUGAUACCGGCGCCCCUGAAUUGAAUUAGACAUUCGAGAUGCGAUCCUGACGGGACGGAUUCAAUCCGCCAUCGAGAUGCUCAAAGAGCAUUUUCCUGCCGUCCUCUCCGACCUCCCCAUCACGACCAAGUCUAGAAAGUCGUCCUCGACGUGCACGCCCACGUCCUUCUUCGUCUCGACGCCCUCGUCAUCCUCCACCGCCGGACCAUCGAGCUCACGACCUUCGACCACGACGUGCCAUCCCCCGGGCGCGUCGACCCUCGGCGUGCAUCCCAUCUCUCGACCAGGGACACCGAAACCCACCGUUCCUAUCCUCGGUGCAACGUUUGGUUCGUGGUCACUGUCGUUGGACCCGCAGAUCCUCGCGCUCAAUCUGCAACUGCAAUCCUUUGUCGAAAUGAUGCGAGGCGCUCACUCGUCAUCGCACAUCUCGUCCACGCCCUCGACGCCCAACUAUUCAUCCCAUGGGAACGGCAAUGCAACGACUCUAUCAGACUCGAUGCAUUCCGAUGCCGGUCUUUCGGGCUCUACGGCGUCACUGACGUCCUCAACGCACGCCUUGAACAUCGCGAUCGCGCAAUCGCAAGCGUUGAACCAAGCCGUUGCGCAAUUACCGAGCGGGAGGGACCGCGAUCGUUGGGAGCAAGAAUGCAUCGACGUCAGCGGGUUGAUGGCGUACAAGGACUUGAUGAAUUGCCCGGUUAGGGGUUAUUUGGAACAGGAGAGAAGGGUCACGUUGAGUGAAUUGGUCAAUGCCGCGAUCCUAGGUCAGUCCUUGCUCAGCUACAUCAUCGCCACAGCGGACAAGUGCAAAGGCUGAUCACAACUGUACCCCGGAGUUGCUACAGCCUGUUCAGGUCAGACACCUCUUUCGAUCCUUGCUCUUGCCGCUCGAUCCACAACGGCCGUUUGGUCGGCCGUGGCCGAACUUAAAGUCCCUUUCGGACCCGCCAUGGCCCCACCGACCAAGGAGAGCAAGUCCAAACAUAGGGUACGUCGUUUAGGUCCGACUGAGUUCAGGACGCGGGAUGGCACCUUUGAAGGGAAGGCUGAUUUGACGGUGCACAUUCUGUACAGGUCUAUGCUCGCUUCGAUCUGAAGACGUUCCUCGGGGAAUGCGAGCAUGGAGUUGGGAGAUAG